UUUUCUCUUCUUCGUUCUUCUCCUUCACAACAAUAUUUACAUACAUAUAUAUAUACACACAACAUAUAUAUACAUCAAGAUUGACAUUCUUGAAUGGAGACCGUCGAAUUGAAAGUGGAGAUGGUAUGUAUCCACGAGAAGAGAUUGAGAAAAUCCCUCUCAAAACUCAAAGGAAUAGAGAAAGUGGAAGUGGAUGCAGACAGUCAAAAGGUAAUGGUAACAUCAUACAUACACAGAAACAAGAUCUUGAGAGCAGUGAGAAGAAGCGGUCUCAAAGCUGAGUUCUGGUCUCCUCACAACGAGCUUCUCUCUGCUUACGUCACUCCUACGUAUCAUUCCGCCUUCAGAUUCACUCCUUUCAAUUUCUUCUGAUCAUCACUUCUCACACGUUUUAAAAUUUCCCCCUUAUUUUUGGCCUUUAAUCAAUAGAUUGUUAUUAAGGGUUCUCCGUGGAUUAUAAGGCUUUUUUUUUUAAUUUACAGAUCGGUUUUAAUUAGCUUAAUUUCAAUGGAAAGCGGAUUGGAA